AAAAUGGCACUUCCAUCUAUCAAUCGUAUGUUCAUAACUGCAGCUUGGUUAGAGUCUAUUCUAUAUGGUAUGCAUCCUUUUUCUGAGCCCUGUGUGCUUUUCGGCGUAUGUAUGUAUGCCUUGUUUCACCGGUACAAACCGCUGCAUUGGAUCAACACUCUUUCAUGCGUUUUCCACAUUUCAAUCGCGACAGCACACAACAUCCUCUCCCUUUUGCUCUCUCUGGAGGCUUUUACAAAUCCUGCUAUAAUAUCCAUCCCCGACGGAAGUAGCAUAUACUUGUUCAAGAACACAACCUUGACGAAGACGAUGGGGGGAUUGUUUCUUCUCAACGUGCAUAUUAUAUUUGUCAUAAAUCGCGUCUCAUUGUUACUUUUUCAGGGCUUCGCUCUAAAUUUACUGCUAAUAUGGAGGUUUUAUGUGGUUUGGAGUCACAAGUGGAUCCUUGCUUUUGUUUUGCUAAUUCUGGAAGCUGCACAGUUCGCUACUGGUGUCGCAAACUUUGCCAUGGUGAUAAUCGAUCGCACAUUUUCAAAUACUGCCCUAGCUUUAGGGAAAGCUAGUUGCGCAUGCAAUCUUACUCUUACUAUCAGUGUCACGUCCGGAAUCGCAUAUCGUCUUUGGAGGGCGGGCCGACAUGUAUCUGGGCUGGCUGUUCACAAUUCCUACAAGGCUACCAUAUAUACUAUCAUCGAGUCCGGUGCGAUCUAUACCAGUAGCAUCGUGGUAUUGUGCGCUCUGUACCAGGCCGGGAACGAUGCUUUUAUCGUGGCAAUUAAUGUUGUUACCCAGAUUGCUACCUUGACCCCGCUUUUGCUCAUCGCCAGUUUGAGCUUUGGCCUGAUGCACAGAAAUAGUGCAUAUUACGAGACAUCAACACCAACGGGGCCCGCUUUCGCUCGACCAAUCCAGGUCACAAUUACCCAGGAAACACGUAUCCACCCUAUAGACACUAUGGAUUCUAGUACACAAUCUAGGAAGAGUCAGAGUAUACGGGCAUAUCAUGACGACACAUAGUGACAUUGGUUAGAAGAUUCGCAUGGAUCCAUGCUGCGCAUGCAUUGAGAACUCAGGGAAGAUCAUCCAAUUAUUCUGGUAGGAAGAACUGACAGCUUUUGAACACAUGCGCAACGACGUUCCAUACGAGCACUCCCUUCCUAUUUUUGCCAUCAUUCUAUCCAAGGCCAGACAUUCAAGUUACCGGACUGGCCCCACGAUUUAUGUGCGAGUUCCGGAAGUUUAGCGAUGGGCGGAGCCAUGGAUCUACGGUAGCAUGCUAAUAGUCUUUUUGACGGCGACCGUAAUGGUAGUAAAAGGAUUGGUUGUCACGUGACGUAGUAUGAAAUAUUUGUGAUCAGCGCUGUAAUGCAGAAUCUAAAUCCUGC